AUGAGCCAGUUCGGAGCGGUGCAGCCAAGAGUAGAGGUGGAUCGAGCGUUGCCGUCGCCGUCGCACGAGCAUCAGCAGCGGAAGGCUCAUCUUCACCCUCCACGCCAGCAGUCGCAGCCGCUUGUCUCGCAGCAAGGCUCGUCGGGGCUGUCAGAUCAGAACGGGCAUUUACGAGCCGACCCGCAAAUGCCUCCCUCCCAACCACAGGCCCCACAGCAAGCAUCAGGCUUACGGUCCGACCCUGUAGUGGCCCAGCUAACCCCUGUGGCCUCACCGCUCGUGUCGCAGCAGUUGGUAUCGGGAGCAGAUCUAGCGCGUCGGCAGCAGCUGGCGCUGCUAUCGCAUCAGCUAUUGGCGUCGGGGCUGGCCAACGGUCGUUUGACUGUCAACCACGCUUGGCCGUGCCACGCUCGUUCAGCGACUCAAGCGUCUCAGACGACUCACACGACUCAGAUUACGCAGACGAAUCAAACGACUAACGCGUCUCAGUCGAUUCACGCGACUCAGGCAGGCGCCACAGGGACGGCUGACAGCAGUCGAUUAGAUCCCUGCGGGCCGUCGGGGCUGAAGCCCUCGCUUGUGGCGGAAGCAAUUCCUUCGGCCGCGAGGCAGGGGGCAGGGUUGGCAGCGAAGGGGCCGUUGCUGGAUGGGAAAACCACUCUUUUUCUUCCCUCCGGCCGUCAGUCGCCCUCCCCUCUACUGCUCCCGCCAUCCCCCAUGCUGCGGCAGCAGCAAGCAAUUCAACCGCUGCCCGCCGCACAGAACGAGCAGCCACUGGUGCCCCGAUCUGCGGCGCUGCCUCGUCCGUCUGCCGUCGUGUCCGCGCCGUCGCAGCCCCGCGUGCAGAGCGGCGCCGUCGGCGGCGUGCUGGUGGUGCAGGGCGACCGCGGGUGGCGCGAGGGCGGGGCCGCCGUGGAGGCGCGGGUGGUGGGCGGAGACGAGGAGGGCGGGGCGAGCGCGCACGUGCUCGCCGUGCUGCUGCGCGGCCAUGCGCGCUUCUCGUACCGCCCGGAGCAGGCGGGGGCGACGGGCAGCAGCAACCGCGUGACGGGCGCCAUCAUGUGGCGGCCCCCUGACGCCGACGCGGGCAGCAACGCGGCCUCGUGGGCGCUGGAGUUCGCGGAGAGGAAGGAGUGGCGAAGGUUCCAGCAGUUGCACGACUCAUGCGCCCAGCGCAACAGCCGCGGUGUGUCAGCGCGUCGCAUCCCCAUCCCCGGCGUGCGCGUCGUGCCCUGGCGGUGGCGCCUGCGCGGCUCCUCCGCGUGCGCGGCCAGCAGCAGCGCCAGCAGCGAUAGCGUGGCAGGGCCGGUGGAAGGUGCGGAGGCGGGUGAGGGGCGCGAGGCGUUCGCCCCCCCGGGGGGGUACAUCCGCGGCGUGGACGAGGCGGAGCGCGUGCGGCCCGGCAGCCGCCACGUGGUGUACGACCUCGACUCCGACGACGAGCGCUUCCUCUCCGCGCUCCCCCGCACCCUCCGCCGCGCAGGGGGGCAAGGGCAGGCAGGGGGGGAAGGGCAGGCAGGCGGGGAAGGGCAGGCCAGGGGGGAGGGGCAGGCAAGGGGAGAGGGGCAGGCAGGGGGAGAGGGGCAGGCAGGGGGAGAGGGGCAGGCAGGGGGAGAGGGGCAGGUAGGGGGGAAUGGGCAAGCAGGGGGGAAUGGGCAGGCAGGGGGGAAUGGGCAGGCAGGGGGAAAUGGGCAGGCAGGGGGGAAUGGGCAGGCAGGGGCAGAGACGGCGGGUCAAAGGGUUGAGAGUGGCGCGUGUGAGGGCAGAGGGAGUGAUGGGGAAGUGGCGGGAGGAGCGUUGGCGAUGAGCGAGGGGCAGGUGGAGAGGGUUAUGGACCAGCUGGAGAAGGAGGCCUUCGCUGCGCGCUCGCUGCUCUCCGAGGCGCACGCCCUGCGCUGCUGCGCGCACCUGGCGCCGCCAGACGCCGUGCGCGCCGUCUUCCACCACUGGCGCACCAAGCGCGCGCGCAAGGGCACCGCCCUCUGCCGCCACUUCCAGCUUGCCUUCUCAUUCAACUUGUGUCCCUCCCUCCCUGUCCGGUCCCCCUCUUCCUCCCCCGUGUCACGCAACGCCCCCCCGCUGCAGCGCGCCCCAUGGGAGGUGUAUCAGGCGCAGGUGAACGAGUGGCAGCGGCAGCUGCAGCUGCUGCAAGCCCGCGAGGCCACACCCCUCGCUCCGUCUCCUGCGCCGUGGCCCCCGGGGCAGCUGACUUUUGAGUCGACUCAAAAGUCCGCGCCGUGGGCCCCGGGGCAGCCAGCAGGAGGUGCGGAGGCAGCAGCGGAGCAGAGGGCGGGCGAGGGAGCGGGGGUGGGUGGCGUGGCGAGGCAGGGGGAGAGUGGUGUCGCGCUGCAGAGCACACCACACGACCUCUCGCAGCAGCAGCAAGCGGAGGGAGGGGAGCAGCAGCAGGAGGGAGGAGCGGGGCGUGCGGUAGCAGGGCAGCAGGGGCAGGUGUCCCCUGGUGCAGCAGUCACACACGAGCAGCGGGAUUCCCACGGCCAGCACGCACCCAGCACGGCAGCACCAGGUGCCGAGGCAGCAGCAGGUGUAUCCACUCCUGUGCGCCUUCCCAGAAGCCCGGCCGCCUCCUCUCCCUUCCCCUCACCCAUUCCCUUCAGCACCCCCAUCACCCCUGGCCCUGGCAGUGCAGCGCAGCAGCGCGUGCCCGCCAUCCCCCGCCCGCCUCUCUUUGCCUUCUGCCUGCAGCCACGCGCCCACGCGCGCAGGGCCCCCUUCCCCUCGCGCCCGCGCUCCACCAAGCGCGCGCCGGCCUCCGCGGAGCACGUGGCGGGCGCAGGCGCAUGGGGCGGCUCUGCUGCGGACAGUGCGGAAGGCAGCAGCCCCCGGGUGGGGGGGGGCGUGGCGGCCCACGCAGAGGCGCUCCCCGUGGGCGAGGCGCAGCAGGGGGGGCGGCGAGAGGGCGCGGAGGGGCUGGUGGGGCUGGUGGCGGCAAAAAGGCAGCGCCGCGUGGUGUGCCUCGCAGACCUGGGAGGCGAGGAGGCGGAGGGCAGCAGCAGGGGCGGCUCAGCAGGUGGCUCAGCAGGCGGGGCAGCAGAGUCUUUCCCUGGCGCAGGCCACGAGGGGGUGAGUGCGCCGCAUGGCGACUUAUCUCGCGCGCACCCCUCGUCCGCGCGCCCCUCGCCCACAGCGUGGCCUCGCCUCACCACCACCUCGCCGCGGUCGCCCCUCCCCUUCGCCUUUCGCCUGAGUCCCCGUCUUAGCACCCCGGAGCCCGCGCCCCUGGAUGCCUCUCCGCAAGCGCUGCCGCUGGCGCAGCAGCAGGUGUACGGGGGGGGCGAGGGGGGGAUGCGGCAGUUGCUGAGGCAGCAGCAGGCGAGGCACGCAAGGGGGCGGGCUGCGUGGGGCGUGCAGCUGACGGGCAGCGCGGGGUUGAGCGGGGCGGGCGGGGACGAAGCAGCAGCGCCCACGCCACCACACGGUGCUGCUGCGCGGCCCCUUGCGCUGCCUGCUGCCUCCGCGCAGGCGCAGCACCAGCUGCCCGGCGCUCCCGUGGUGGCUGCACGGCUGCGUGGCGCCCCCGCUGCUGCGCGCACCGAGAGCGGCGCCCCUGCACACGCGGCUUUGGUGGAGGCAGGGGCAGGGCAGCAGUGGGAGCAUGGGAGGGGCGGGAGCAGAGGGGGCGAGGGCGACGCGGAGCAGGUGAGUGGAGUGGCGGGCGUGCGGUCAGAGCUGCUGUCUCUGGCGCACGCGCGCACGGGCAAUAAGGGUGGCGCACGCAAUGGAAUCGCGCACGCAGCAGCAGCAGCUGCUGCCGUGGCGGCGCCAGGGGAGGAGGGCAGGGGUGCAACGCCGAGGGGUGCGGGCGUGGGGCAGUGGGCGCAGUGCAGGGCGGACGGUAGACCGUUGCCGUCUGGGGUGAGCGGUACGGCGCAGGCGAGGGCAGGUGCAGGAGGGAGGGGAAGGCGCAGGGCGCGGGCAAUGUGGGUGCUGCAGCAGACACAUGAGCACGUGGGGUGGGCAGGGCAGGCGGAGGGGCUGGCAGGCGAGGCAGCGCGCACACAAGUGGGUGGAGACAGGUCGGUGAGUGGCACAGAGGUGCAGGCAGCAGGUCUCGACGCACACGCUCACGCAGGCAGCAGCAGCGCGGGGGGGAGGCGGUUUGUGGGUGACAGGCUGCUGCCUCGGGCGAGCAGACUAGCGGCGCCUGGCGUGCGUGGCAGUGGUGGCGCCGUGGCAGCAGGAGGGGGGGGCGAGGCACACACCAUAGUGGCCGAGGGUGCAGUGAGCGCACAGGUGCUGGGGUGUGCUGGGCAGGGUGCUCAAGAUGAAGAGUGGUGCGGGGCGGUAAGCAGAGAGGCGCGAGCAGAGAGCGGCGGUGCUGCCGUAAUGAACGGAGAGGUGGAGGAUGGGGCAGGUGGAGGGGCGGGCAAGGGCACGGUGGUGUACCACCGCAAGCGACAGCGGUCGUGGCGAGCAGCAGGCAGUGGGGGGCACGCGGGCAGCGCCGCUGCCUGGCGCCCUGGCAGACCCAGCAUGGCCGAUUUGUCCCCUGUCCGCCUGCUCCUCCUGCCCGUGCCCCUCACCCCCGCUCCUUCCCUCCCUGCCUCGCCGCUCCGCCUGCCUCCCCACGUGCCAUGGCCUCGUCCCCCUCGCCCUCCUACCGUGCUUCCGUCUGCAGCACGGGACCCAGCAUGUGCAGCCGUAGGCAGUGAGGGGCUGGGGCGAGAGGUGGAAGGGCGAGAGGAGGAGGGGCGAGAGGUGGAAGGGCAAGGGGUGCAGGGGCGAGGGGAGGAGGGGCAAGGGGUGGAGGCGGAGGCAGAGGUUGAGGCGGCGAGGGCGAGGGCGAGGAGUGCAAGGGCGAGGGCAGGUGCAGCGAGGGCGAGGGCGAGCGAGGUGCAGCAGGUAGCUGAUGCGGCGCUGGAGCGCGCCUGCCACUGCCUCGCUCUCCUCCGUGCUGCUCAAGCCCUGCCCACCGCUAUGCCCUCUCCCAUGCCCCCUGCCAUGCCCCCUGCCAUGCGCCCUGUUCCUCCCCACCACAUCGUUGAUGCCGCUCGUCCACCAGCCACUCUGCCAGCCGUCACUGCAGUCCAUGCAUAUCCCCCACCGCCCCUAUCACCUCCUCCUGCUGCUCCUCUUGCGGCUGCGUCCGCUGCUGCUCCUGCUCCUGCUGCUGCUUCUGCUCCUGCUGCUGCUGCUGCUGCUGCUGCUGCCGCUGCAACUGCUUCUGAUGCUGCUGUUGCUGCUGCUCCUGAUGCUGAUGCCGUUCGAGCUGCCUUUCCUGCUGCCUCUCCUGCUGCUGCUGCUUCUCCGCGUGCUGACAGUGCAGCUCCGGGUGAAUGCCUGGACGGGCAUCAUUGCCAUGGGGAGGGUGAAGCGUGUGGGGAGGGUGAAGAGGGUGGGGAGGGUGAAGAGGGUGGGGAGGAUGGCGAGGGUGGGGUGAGGGGCAGUGGGGGAGGUGCUGGGGAUGGUGGAGAGGGGAGUGCAGGGUUGGUGGAUGGAGGGCGGCAGCAUGGCAGCGAGGGUGAUGCAGUGCAGAAUUGUGGCAGCGGGCAGGGUUGUGCUGGGGCGGGGUGUGCAGGAGGGCAUGCAGCAGCUUGUGUGAGUGGCGAUGGGUGGAGAGAAUCAGGUGGGUGUGUGCCCCUGCCGCCGCCUCCAUGUGCUGCUCAACCUGCUCCCCCUGCCACGCCUACCAGCCCGCCUCCCAUGCUGCUGCCUGUGCCGCCAACCGCCCCCCAUCCACAGCAGGCAAGCCCCCCUCUUUCUCCUCCCACAUCUCCUCCUCAGUCCUCCCCCUCACAGCAGCAGCAGCGGGCGGGCAGCAGCCCAGUGGCGCUGAGGCCGUCGUUCCCGUCGCCCUCGUCGUUCCCGUCGCCCUCGUCGGUGGCCAAGCGAGCAGCCGUCACGUACCGCCGUGCUGACGUCACUCUGCGCCGCGCUGAUGUCACGCUGGGCGAGGAGGGGUGCAGCUUCAGCCUGCUGCCCUCGCCACACUUCUCCCUGCGGGCUGCCUCUGUCACACACGAGCCUGCUGACAUCACUCUCCCGCAUGCUGAGGUCACCAUCUCAGAGCCCCUCAGUGGCAGCGAUGAUGACAGCCCUCGCCCUAGCAGCCCAGCCCCCCCCGUGCCGUCCACACUUGACUCCCUCCAACCACCCCGCGCUGCACUCGCCCCCAUCCCUGCUCCACCGCUCUCUGAUGAGCACGAGGGCGAGGGUGGGCAGGGGUGUGGGGACGUGUGGAGCAUGGGAGGAGGGACGAAGGAGAGUGAAGAGACCAGCAGGGAAGGAAUGGGCUGGGAGCUGCAUGCAGCAAUUGAGGUGGACGGGGUAGUGGAGGGGCGUGGCAGCAUGGGUGUACACAAUCACAUGGCUGGUGGCGGCAGCUGCCAGGGGAGCAGUGAUGCGGUGCGCAUGCAAGUGGAUGGGGUGCAGUGGGGUGGAGGGCAGUGGAGCAGCGCAUGUGAAGGAGAGGCGAUGCAGGCAGCAAGUGAAUCAGGUGGAGAUGAGACUAGCGGGGAGGGGCGAGGCAGGCAAAGACUCAGGGAGGAGGGAUGUGGGGGGAAGCUGGGUGUGCACAGGACAGUCGAGGGGGAUGAGGGGAGAGGCGGUGGGUUGGAGGGGUGUGCGAGUGUGAUGUAUGUGGUGAAUGGGCAUGUGGAGGGAGGCUCACACACGUGCAGGCAUCAGGUGGGGGAGGACAGGGCAGCAGCCACAUGUCACACUGGGGUGGGGGAGAGGGACGCAGCACACGGGUGUGAAGGAGGAGAGGGUGGUAUAGAGGGGGCAGUGAGCAGUGGAGUUGAGUGUGCAGCAGCAGGGCGAGUGGGGAGAGGAGGUGCGGAUGAGGUGUGCGAGGCAACGCAGGGAGAGCAGUGUGUGCUGCCGGGUGACCUUGCGUGGAGUGGGCAUGGCGGCGUGGGGACGGCGUCGGGUGAUGUAGCGGAGUGUGAGCACGGGAGCCACGCAGGCGGGGAUGAGGCGGCUUGCGGGGAUCGCUCAGGGUCGGCAGGUGUGAGGGAGGCUGCCCGUGCGGGGCAGGUUGAGGGCGGUAAGGGCGGGGCAGCUGUGAUGGUGGUGGGGCCGUUGCCACUGCUGCCUGUCCCCGAGGCCCCUUUGCGUGAGCGGUGGGUGGGCUGCGGCGCGCAUGGGUGGAAGGAAGCUCCCACAGCGGUGGUGCAGGGGCAGGCCCAUUCAGGGGAGGUGGGGACAACAGGGGGCUUGGGUGGCAGAGAGGAGGGUGAGAGGCACAGCAGAGUGGGCAGUUGA